GUCACUUCAGCCGCACCAGACGCGUUUGUUUGGGAGGAAAAAUUGUAUGUUGGUCGCUUGCGCAGAAGGGUUGGGCGUUGGUAAGGUUGAAGACAUGUCAGAGUAUCUUUGAAGAAAUUUUUUGCGAUUAAAAAGAAAAUCUACGCAACUUCCCUCUCUGGGAGGCGCAGCGCACGAUGCUCUGAGAGGUGAUUCAUGCAAAUUACAACCAGAAAGCAACAAGAAAGCGGUAAAGUUUUUCUUUUGUUCAUGAUUAAGUUUAACCAGUUAAUUUUAACAACUGAAGUAGCUAAAGCGAAAUAUAGGGAUAUAUUUGAGUCUUGUCAUGCUUUAUUGUAAUAUAAUUCCGUACAAAAAAACAUACUUUUAAAAACGUUUAGAUUUUCAGUUUCUAAUAUUAGCAGCAUGUUCACAAGAAGUUUGAUAUAAUUUGAAUCAUGUUGUGUUUUAACUACCAAAUUAACUGCAUAUUUUGCUGUAGUUUUAAACCCUGUAUAUCACAGUUAUCUAGAUUGAAACUCUACCCUCUUCUUUUUUUAUCCCAACAAUUUCCAAGUUGGGACUGAGAUACGGCAACAACAAUGUCCCAGCUAUAUUAUAGGAAAACAGCCAAUUCCUCAUACAGGGACCGCAUCCCUCUACGGAUUGUGAGGGCAGAGGCUGAGCUCUCUGCCAUGGAGAAAUUCUAUCUGGGGGCUGUAGAAAAGGGGGACUAUGCGAGUGUAAAGCAAGCUUUGGAGGAGGCUGAGAUCUACUUCAGAAUUAACAUCAACUGCAUUGACUCCUUGGGGCGCACAGCCCUCCUUAUUGCCAUUGAAAACGAGAACCUGGAGAUCAUAGAGCUGCUGCUCAGCUGCAACGUAUAUGUGGGUGAUGCCCUGCUCCACGCCAUCCGUAAAGAAGUUGUAGGGGCUGUUGAACUGCUGCUGAACCACAAGAGGCCACGUGGGGACAAACAGAUCCCACCAAUUCUGCUGGACAAGCAGUUUUCAGACUUCACUCCAGACAUUACUCCAAUCAUUCUUGCAGCUCACACCAACAACUAUGAGAUCAUCAAACUUCUUCUGCAGCAUGGUGUUUCAAUACCUCAGCCACACGCUGUGCAUUGCAACUGUGUGGAAUGUGUGUCCAGUACAGACGUGGACGGCCUGCGCCUCUCACGCUCUCGUCUUAAUAUCUAUAAGGCCCUUUCCAGCCCGUCUCUCAUUGCCCUGUCCAGUGAGGACCCCUUUCUCACUGCUUUUCAACUCAGCUGGGAGCUGAAAGAGCUCAGCACAGUGGAAAACGAGUUUAAGUCAGAGUAUGAGGAGCUGUCUCAAAUGUGUAAACAGUUUGCCAAGGACCUCUUGGACCAGACCAGGAGCUCCAAAGAGCUCGAAAUUAUCCUCAACUACCGUGAUGACAUUAACCCCCUACUGGAUGAGAACACCAAUGAUCUGGCCCGACUGAAGCUGGCUAUCAAAUAUUGCCAGAAAGAGUUUGUUGCUCAGCCCAACUGCCAGCAGCUGUUGGCAUCUCGGUGGUACGAUGAAUUCCCAAGCUGGAGGAGGCGACACUGGGCAGGAAAGCUCAUCACCUGUAUCUUCAUUGGUCUCCUUUUUCCACUGUUAUCCAUCUGCUACUUGAUUAUGCCAAAAACUCGUUAUGGCCUGUUUAUCCGUAAGCCCUUUGUCAAGUUCAUCUGUCACACUGCUUCUUACCUGACCUUCCUUUUACUGCUCUUCUUGGCCUCACAACAUAUUGACUCUACUCACCCUGGCUGUCAAGCCCCGGACUUACAGCACCUUACAGCACACCCGGACUUACAUGGCCCACCACCCACCACUGUGGAAUGGAUGAUCCUCCCCUGGGUGAUUGGCUUUAUAUGGACUGAGAUCAAACAAAUGUGGGAUAGUGGUUUUGAGGACUAUAUGGAUGACUGGUGGAACAUAAUGGACUUCAUAAUGAAUUCCUUGUAUCUUGCAACUAUCUCUCUGAAGAUUGUUGCAUAUGUAAAGUACCAUGGUUACAAAUCCAGGGAGAGCUGGGGAUCAUGGCACCCAACUUUGGUGGCAGAGGCAUUGUUUGCCAUCGCCAACAUCUUUAGCUCAUUGCGCCUCAUCAGUCUCUUCACUGCCAACUCCCACUUGGGUCCCUUACAGAUUUCACUGGGCCGCAUGCUUCUCGACAUCCUCAAAUUCCUCUUUAUCUACUGUCUAGUGCUGUUAGCAUUUGCUAAUGGCCUCAAUCAGCUCUACUAUUACUAUGCAACACCGGGUGAAAAUAAUUGCACGGGUAUCCGCUGCAAUAUCCAAAACAACGCCUUUUCAACAUUGUUCGAAACACUACAGUCAUUAUUCUGGUCUAUAUUUGGCCUGAUUAACCUCUAUGUGACCAAUGUGAAACCUCAUCAUGAAUUUACUGAGUUUGUAGGCUCUACUAUGUUUGGCACCUAUAAUAUCAUCUCCCUGGUGGUGCUUCUAAACAUGUUAAUUGCAAUGAUGAACAACUCCUACCAGCACAUCGCUGAUCAUGCAGAUAUUGAAUGGAAAUUUGCAAGAACAAAAUUAUGGAUGAGCUAUUUCGAAGAAGGGGGAACUUUACCAUCUCCAUUUAAUAUAAUACCAAGUCCAAAGUCAGUUUACUAUCUGUUUGGAUGGAUAAAAACACAUGUGUUUAAAAGACCAAACAAAAAAACACUUGAAAACUUCCAGACUUUGGGGAUACGUGCAGCAGAAAAUGUCAGAUUAAGCCACGAGUAUCAGGAGGUUUUAAAGAGCCUUGUGAAGCGGUAUGUGGCUGCAAUGAUCAGAGAUGCGAAGACAGAGGAGGGGUUGACGGAGGAAAAUUUCAAGGAACUUAAGCAAGAUAUCUCCAGCUUCCGCUAUGAAGUUCUGGGUAUGAUGAAGGGUAAACCUUAUUGUGGAGUAGCAAGUCAAGUCGCAAGCUCUACUUUGGCUUACCCUGGAAACCCAUUCAAAUAUUGUCCCAAAGUCUCUGCUGAUGAGCCUCAAGAAAAGCUGAACAAGCAUCAUGUGAUCACCAGCACCUCUACAACGACCCUGCAAAGUGAAGCCGCACACACCUCCAGCUCUAUUUGCUUUGAUAUACCAGCUAAUGGCUCUUAUGAUUCAUCUACUACUGAAAACCCUCCCAGCAAAAUGUCAGGCGCUUUAAAUGCUGGAUCUUCUAAGAGACAGCGAAAAGUCACCUUUCAGAAUUAUGAUGAAAAAUAUUCCUUUUCAGAAGCAGAUAUGUUUGAAUCUGAUGGUCAAAACCAAGACCGGCCUGAAACUAACAAAAUUAAUGUGGAAGUCUCAGAAAAAGUACAGAUGGACAUUAAGGAGAUGGAUCUUCCUUGCACUCUCCAUUCUAAGGAAGUGAACAAUGGGCCAAAAAUAUAUAAAAAUUAAUCUGUUAAUGACUGAAAUUUUCAGUCAUGCUAAAGAAACAUUUCUGCUUCAGUUUAUACACAUCCAUUACUACAUCUACCAUUGCUAAUGUUUUAAUUGAACCCCAAGUCAGUUAUGAUGAGCAGUACAAUAUUUACACUUCAGUUACGCAGGGUGUAACUGUCAGUUAUUCCCUGCGGGACCAAAGAAAAGUUGCCAAGAAAAAUAGAAGAUCACACUAAUAUUUUCUUUACCAAGUUUAGCUUUGAUUACAGCAUGCAUUCGCUGUGGCAUUGUUUUGAUAAGAGUCUUCAAUGUCACAAGAUUUAUUUCCAUAUUUAUUUUUCACCAAGAUCUUGUAUUGAUGAUGGGAAAGUCAGACUACUGCAAAAAGCCUUCUCCAGCACAUCUCAAAGAUUCUCAAUGGUUUUCAUGUCUGGACCCUUCAGUGGCCAAUUUGUGUGUGAAAAUGAUGCCUCAUACUCCCUGAACUAGGGAUGGGCGAUACCAACAUUUUUUCUGGUGAUACGAUAUCAUUAGUUUAUAGUUAUUUUUCCUCAAUACUGAUAUUGAUAUCAAUAAUUCUUGACCCUUAAAGCAAAUUUCCGAUUGUACAGUGUGCAUUAAUAUUGUUAUUGCAAGGGCAGUAUGAAAUAUAAAUAAACUCAAGAACAUCAGAUGCAUACAUCAAAUGUAUUAAAGAUCUGGUAAUUGGUUGUGAAUAUAAUGCUAGCAACUGAGAGUUUAAUCACCUCUAUAUAUGGUUUAGAUUGCUUGCCUUAAGCCUUGCAUGGCUCUCUGACCCAGAACUUUAGUUUAGAAUGCCUCAGGCCAUUCUUUUGGCUCUACAAAUAUCCCCUCAGAGUGAGAACGUAUUACUCUUUCAACAUGGUUAUUUAAUAAAUGAGAAGCUUCACGUUGCAUCAUUUGAAGUUAAAUAACUUGUUUCCAGCUGAACGAUAAUCGCCUAUGCAGUAAUUGUCCAAGAGAAGGCUUGUACUGAUUUGCUUAGUUAAAUCCACGUGGCAACUUUUCUUCUUUUUGUCUCUUAAUAUGUUGUGCUCACUUGGUGCUCAGGGAAUUGUGAAACUUGUUUAUUAUUUAUACUUUACCUUGAUAAUAAUUCCAAAGAGUUCCAACACCCUGGUGCUUUGUAUACCUCUUCCACACUGACCUGUCCUUUUACAGUGAUAUGCAAAAAUACUGUUGUACCUCAAGCUUCUUCCCUUUGCAGCAGUAUUGCUUAUCAUUUGUUGCUGUUAUUUUUGUUGAAAUUAAUUAAACGGGAGAUCAGGAUAAUCAAAAUGCUUAAUAGAAAAAGAUAAAUAUGUCCCUUGUACUAAGUAUUUGAGCUAAUUUGAUAUUUCAUUUGAAUACUUUGAUUUACCAUUUGCUCUUGUUUCAUUUGAUGUAUUUUUCAGGCUUAUGGGCCUUUUAGAAAUAGUUUGUUACUCUAGGACUAGUGAUAUGUCAGUCAGCUUUAUUUAUAAGCACAUUUAAAAACAUGUUGACCUAAGUGCUGGACAAGAGAAGAGAUAAAAUACAAAUAAAAAUACAAAUAAAAGUGGGACUUAACAACAAUAAAACAUAUAAAAGCAACAAAAGAAUAUAAAAAACAUUCCUCAAACUAUUAAUAAUUUAGCAGGAAAUACCAAAACUUAUUCUAGUUUCAAGGCUAGAGAGUAAAAAUAAGUCUUUAAACAAGAUUUGAAAAUGUCCACGGUAGGUGAGAUCUUAAAUAUGAAGGGGGAGGCUGUACCACAGAUUGGGGGGCAAUAACAGAAGAAGUUCUGUCCCCUCUUAGUUUCAGCAUGGACCUUGGGACAGCAAAGAGCAACUGGUCAGCAGAUCUCAGCCAUCUAGACAGAGCAUGUGAAAGUAAAAGAUCAGAAAAAUGAGGGGAGCAACCUGUUUAAAGAUUUAAAAACAAACAAUAAAAUAUUAAAAUUAACUCUAAAACGAACAGGGAGCCCGUGCAAAGAACAAAACUGGUGUAAUGCAGUCUGUACCAAGUGCUAGUAAGCAUCCAGGCUGCAGCAUUUUAGACCAACUGCAGAUGGCACAAAAGUGACUGAACCACACCUGAACAGAGGCAAUUGCAGUAAAGUCUUGAAGAAAAUAAAGUGAGAAUUACUCUCCAAAUCAGAAAAAAAAGAAAA